AUGGCAAGAAUAUUGAUUCUUUUGCUUGGGGGCCUUGUGGUUCUAUGUGCCGGGCAUGGUAUAUUUAUGGACAAACUUUCUUCUAAGAAGUUGUGUGCAGAUGAGGAAUGUGUCUAUACUAUUUCUCUGGCAAGAGCGCAGGAAGAUUACAAUGCCCCAGACUGUAGGUUCAUCAAUGUCAAGAAAGGACAACAGAUCUAUGUUUAUUCCAAACUGGUAACAGAAAAUGGAGCUGGAGAGUUUUGGGCUGGCAGUGUUUAUGGUGACCACCAGGAUGAGAUGGGAAUUGUGGGCUAUUUCCCCAGCAACUUGGUUAAAGAGCAACGAGUGUACAAGGAGGCCACCAAGGAGAUCCCAACCACGGAUAUUGACUUCUUCUGUGAAUAA